UAGAAGUCACGACUGUGGUCAGUACCCCAAAGGCAAAAGCAAUAUUGGCGUGUCUAAAAAAUUUCAUGCGUCAUACAAAAUGUGUCAGUUCCCCUCAACGAAAACAAUACCUUAACAUUAUAAGAGAGCAUUGACUUUCGCACGCUGUACUCGACAGUCUAGUUGGCCUACGGCACUGUAGGAGCAAUGUUGCGAUUCCUGAAGCUCUCUGUGUUGUUGAAAAUCCUGCUCGUCUGCUGUUCGAGUGAAUCAAUAACACAAGAAAACAGCAUUCGUUUUGCUGACGGUAAUUAUGGUUUGCAUCAAGGCUACGUAGAAAUAUUGAAAGGUGGAACGUGGUUCAAAAUCAGUAAUGCAGAGUGGGACUACAGGAAUGAUAUCGUCGUUUGUAAGCAACUUGGGUUUGCUGACGUGGGUAAAAGACCGUCGAACAUACCAUUGUACGCACUGGAUGCAGGCUUCACACGGAAACAUUUCUUGUGUCAGGGAACCGAGAGACAUAUAUCACACUGUGACGUAGCUGAUAUGGAUUACAGAAAGAUUCAUAUCCUUUGCAAGCAUGGAAAUGAAGUCUGGGUGUCUUGCUUAAACCAUAGAGAGGAAGCAGUUUUGGAGCCGCGCCUGUCAAAUGCUAGUGCAUUGGUCAAACACAUUGAUGUGAGAUUAAGAGAUGUCGUAUCUGGCCAAGAGAAAGCCACACCUAAAGGAGUUCUGGAAAUAAAGAUUAAACAACGGUGGCAACAGGUUUGCGCAGAUGGCUGGACUGAAGCGAAUUCCCAUGUUGCCUGUGGACACCUGGGCUAUUCUUAUUCAAAGGAAAGUAAGCCUGCAAUGGUUUACGAAAGGCCCCCUUACCAUAUAAUGAGAGACGUGUCUUGCAUUGGAUCUGAGUUGAAUCUUCUAUCUUGUCAACAUGCUGGGUUUCGAAAACAUCAUGGCUGCAAGAAAUCAGUUGUUCUCCAUUGUGGUGUCACCAUUGACGAGAAAGCAAAGCAGAGAAUGCGCCUUCGUGGUGGUCAGCGUAACUCAGAGGGCAGAGUAGAAGUGUUCAAAAACGGCAGCUGGUCGACUAUAUGCCACGACUCAUGGGAUCUAAAUGAUGCCAAUGUUGUUUGCAAACAGCUAGGAUUCGGAACAGCCAGAAAGGCUGUUCGGUGGGGGGAGUAUGGUCUUGGUACAGUGCCGAUAACUUUGAGUGACUUCGAUUGCAAAGGUACAGAAAGAGACCUUCUAUCAUGCCCUUAUCAGAACCCCGCCGAAAGAUGUGAUCACUUCAAAGAUGCCGGUGUUGUUUGCAAUGCCCCACUACCACAGUUCCAUAAGGUCAGGCUGGUUGGAGGUAAGACGCGUUUCGAGGGACGUGUUCAAGUUUAUCGUGACAGCAUGUGGUAUUCAGUUUGUGGCGUACAGUUCUCAGAACAAGAUGGAGAAGUCGUCUGCAGAGAACUUGGACUUGGAUUCCUGGGCAAAGCAUUUUCUUCUUGGGAAUACGGUAUUGGUACAAUAGGGAUUUACGAGCAACGCUGUUCUGGAAACGAGGCAUCGAUCCUCGACUGUGAUCAUCGACCAUGGUUUCAAGGAUCUUGUCGAUAUUACGACAUGGCCAGCGUUAAGUGUGCAAACUAUGCACCAGAUAUUCUCAUAGACGUGGCUGCAAUGAAAUCAAGCGUAAAGAUCAAUAGCUGGAAUCUUCGACAACUGUCUUGCUCGCGAUCCGAAAACUGUUUGUCAAGAUCAGCGUACGCCUAUGAUGCCUAUACCAAUCCAAAGUCCUACAACAGAAAGCUUAUGGUUUUUACGUCUCUGAUUGAAAACAGAGGCACGGCAGCUUUUCGUCCCAAUAGACAUAAAGAUGAAUGGGAGUGGCACCAGUGUCAUAAGCAUUUUCAUUCCAUGGAAUAUUUCGCUCGUUAUGACGUCAUUGAUUUCCAUGGCCGGAAAGUAGCCGAGGGACAUAAAGCAAGUUUCUGUCUCGAAGACUCAGAAUGUGACAGUGGUGUCAGGAAGAUGUACAACUGUACCGAUAAAGGUGACCAAGGGAUAUCAGUUGGUUGUGCUGAUAAUUACUCAAAUGACAUUGAUUGUCAAUGGGUUGACGUCACUGAAAUCGAGGAAGGAAACUAUACGCUACUGGUUCACCUAAACCCUACAAGGCUGGUAGCUGAAAGUGAUUAUGAGAACAACGUGGCAUCUUGUGAAGUUAAUUAUCAUGAUGGAACUGUUGACGUUGGUCAUUGUUCCGCUGAGCCUUGCAAAAAGAGAUCUUACGGUGGCAAUGGAUAUGGUAUCUGCUGCCAUUUCCCUUUCAUUUACAAUGGCAAGACCCACAAUAACUGCAUUUCAGAGGGAAAAGAAUCUUCAUGGUGCUCAACCACGUUUAAUUAUGACAGUGACCACAAAUGGGGGUACUGCAGUCAACAGGAAUACUGACGAUUUGACGACGAUAAUUUUAUAUAUAAAGAAAUAUAUUAGGCUGAAAUAUAUUUGGUCAUUCAUCUUCGAAUCCAUUAACCUUAGAAUUAAAAUAAAAGCAGUGGUUCAAAAAGUUGUAAGAUGCCUUGAUAAUGGAAAAUUGUUAAAGAGAACACAAUAUGUUAUCAUACAAAUUUUCAUAUUA